AUGCGCGCUCGGGCCACGUCUGUGCAGCCGGCCGGGCCGCCCGGGGUGGGCGAGCGGCGGGGGGCGGGACCUGGCCGGGACCCCGCGCGGGCUCUAGGACCCGCGGGACGCCGGAGGGCGGCGGGGAGACAGAAUUUCAGAAUUUGCUCCGUGGGGACGGGACGGCCGGCGGCCGAGGGCCCGUCUCUCCGGCUCCCGCGCUCUCGCUCAGGACCUCCCCGGCCGGGCCAGCGCGGGCCGCCGGUGCAGCAGGGCCAGCCGCUCUGCGGAAAGUUUGUGAACGUGAGAGCCUAG